UCUGCCUGCAGUGCCGAGUGGACUCAGUGAGAGGACUCCUAACUGCGUGAAUAUUAACAUACUAAAACUACAUGCCUUAAUAUCUGAUCAAGAGGACUUCAGUGUACGUGAGAAAGUGAAGUUUCCCCCCCCCCUCAUGGCGUCUUCCCGUGGGUUAUUGGUGCUGCUGCUGCUGCUCGGCUGGACCUCAGCCGGCCUCGCCUGUUUCUGUGACCGCUACCCCUGGGGGUCCUGGUCCUCCUGCUCCAGGACCUGCAACCACGGCACACAGUACAGAUCCAGGAACAUUAAUUAUAACGAUGAUUAUUACUGGAAGAAUAGCUGCCGUCAGCUGUGUGAGAAACACGACAGGAGAGCGUGUAACGAGCAGAGCUGUCCGAUCAACUGCCUGCUGACGGAGUUUGGGACGUGGUCCGACUGCUCGCCCUGCGCCCAGAAACAGUUUCGGACGCGGUCGGUCCAGAGGCCGUCCCAGUAUGGUGGAUCGGCCUGCAGCGUGCAGCUGACGGAGGAUAGGCCCUGUCACCCCUCCACUGAGUGCAAGCUAGCCCCCGUCGACUGCAGAGAAGACUUCAAGUGCGAUAAUGGACGCUGCAUAAACUCCACGUUAACGUGCAACAGGCAGAACGACUGUGGAGAUAACUCGGAUGAGAGGGACUGUGGCGACCUCAAAAUUGUGUGUCCAGCGGAGAAGAGAGUGGCCCCCGGCGCUGACCUGGUGGGGAAUGGGUUUGAUGCUCUGGCAGAAGAGCCCAGGGGAGCGGUGCUGGACAACAUGUUUAUGGGAGGAAGUUGCAUGAUCAAGAGACCUCCGACCACAUUGCUUUACCACCGCAUCCCUCAAAACUUUGAAAGUUUUGAAAUUAAGGUUGGACAGCUGGAGGACUUCAGCAUUGCGCCCGAGCCGCUGCACACCGAGUCUGUCCAUAAGAGAUCCUCAGACUCUACUGCCAAACAACAAGGUGGAAACCUCUUUUUCUUCCCCAUCUUUUUCUUCAGUGGAAGUUCUAUGUCCCAUAGCAGCUCUAACAAGGAAGCUUUUGAAGCUUCAAAGAAAACGGACUCCAAGUUUUACAGGGUGCACCAGGUUCUUCCUGUAUCCACGUUCAAGGUGAGGGACCCGGGGGACCUCGUCCUGUCGCUGCCUUUCCUCCAGUUCCUCCAUGCUCUUCCUCUGGACUACAGUUACGCUCUCUACAGGGACAUCUUCCAGCGUUUCGGCACACACUACUACGGCUCAGGGAAACUGGGAGGCCAUUAUGACCUGUUGUACCAGUACAGCCGAGAGGAGCUCACCACUUCAGGUGAAACAGAAGAGCACAUCAAAAGCUGUCUGGGCCGAGAGACCACCUGGACCAUCAUCCUCUACACAGAACACAGCAGUGUAACCCGGUGCUCCGACGACAGGAUGACUGAGAAAUAUCAAGGCUCGUACAUUAAGGCAGCAGAGAAGUCUUUCUCCAUGGUGAAAGGAGGUCGAGCUCGAGAGGCCGCGGCUCUGGCCUGGGAGAGGGAGCGCCCCGCCCCGGACUCAACGGUCUUUAAGAACUGGGCAAAGUCUGUUCUGGACAACCCUGCUGUGGUUGAAUACAAGGUGCUUCCCAUCAUAGAUCUGGUUCGGGGGAUCCCUUGUGCCGCCACGAAGAGGAGAAACCUGAGGAAGGCCCUGCUGCAGUACAUGGGCGAGUUUGAUACCUGCAAGUGCUCUCCGUGCCCCAACAACGGCAGGGCGGUUCUCUCCGGGACAGAGUGCAAGUGUGUUUGCCAAACCGGCACUUUUGGCACAAACUGUGAAGAACGAGCUCCGGACAUUACUUCAGAGGUGGUGGAUGGUUACUGGAGCUGCUGGGGGCCGUGGAGUCGUUGUGGAGCGACGAUGAAAAGACAUCGGACGAGACGGUGCGAUAACCCCGCCCCCCUCAGAGGAGGCCAACCCUGCGAGGGCCCUGACAAACUCGAGGACCCGUGUCACAUCUCCAUCUUUGAAAAACAGGACACGUGUGACAAUGAUGACGACUUCACUAUAGGCUGGAAGGACACGCUGCCUCCUGGUGUGGAGGGCUGUCUGAGGCCACAGAGGCCCACCAACAGCUUCCUCAGGAAAGCGAAACAGUAUUAUGACUUUGGUGAGGAUGAGGAGUUCCAGUGCUUCACUGGCUUUGACCUGGAGGGCUUUCAGUUCAUCAACUGUCUUCCUGAUGGCACGUGGCAACAACCAAAAGGAAGAUGCAUCAGGAAACUGUGCCUUCCUCCUGAGAUCCCUGAAGGCAUGACGCUGUUCCCCACCAAAGAGCAGUACAGAGUGGGGGAAUCAGUGGGACUGAACUGUGACGAGUCCAGCCUGAGACCGAUGCCAUCGGGCUUUUACAAAUGCAGCGACAGUCUCACCUGGGAGCCUCCCCUACCUGCUGACCUACGCUGCUCAGAUGAGGAACCGUUUGUUCCUGAGAGUCGGUGCGGGCCAGGAGAGAAACUGCAGGACUCUAAAUGUGUCUGCAUUCAAAGAGAGAGCUGCCUUUCACAACCCGAGACUCUGUGUAUCCUGAACAUUGACCUCGGUGUUACCGUGGCGAUGUCCCUCUGCUCCUUCCAUGCCGGUCGUUGCCACAGCGAUCCGCUCUUCUUCGUCAGCGAGGGGUCAUGUGACGAGGUGGAUGCAGCUAAACUGGAGUGGGCCAACUUCAGAGCCAACAUGUCCUCCAAGAGCUCGGCUCAGGAGCCCUGUAACCUCGACACGUGUUACGAAUGGGAGACCUGCUCUGCAUUAAAGAAGUGUGAGUGCAAAGCUGCUCGGGACUGCCCCAGAGGUGAAGCCAACAUGUUCUGCGUGAAGCUGACCCGGACCCAGAGGACUCGCAGCAUGGACCUGUGCUCCAUGGCCGCCCUCAAAUGCAUCAACUAUCAGUUUGAGAUUCUCAAUGAAGGCGUCUGUGAGUCCAGAUGAUCCUUCAUAUGCUUUUCUAUGAUUCCAUCUAAACAUCUGACUGUAAGCAUAUCUUGCACAAUGUUAUUAUGUUACUCAUACACUUAUACAACUGGAAUGGCAAGCAAGUAUACUCGGGUUCAAAGAUCAAGAGUAAGUAACCCUAACCCCAACCAACCCUAACCCUUAUCAAAGGCACACCUAACUGCUCCAAAUGGAAAGCAAAUAACGUUGCUAAAUUGAGAACAAUUGUAAAUUAUGGAAGUCAUAAUUCUAAGUAUAUUUUGAAUAGAAGAUUAAAGGUCAAUGAAUCCAAGAUGGUGCUUCCAUAAAAUCCAGAAGUUUAUGAUAUCAACCUUAUGUCAAGUAGAAUGAUUGUGUAAAAACGACAUCUCUGAUUGGUUGAACUUGCGUUACAUGGGACAUGUUUAGUGAGGGAACAUGCCAACAGCGUCUCCUCCAUUGUAUGCCCUCAGAUUAGAAAAGUAACCACCAUUUUGACUUGUUUGGAAAUGUUCUCCUGUUACGAAAAAGUUAACAUGUAUAUAAAAUGUAUUUCUGAAAACAUUUGUGGCGAAACAAACCAUGCAGUUGCAGAAUCUGCCUUCAUUUUAGAUUGAACGGUUAUUUUAAAAUGUUAUAGUUCCAAGUUCACAUUCACAAUGGUUUAUACAGUAUCUCAUAUAAUAAUAGUGUUUCCUAGAAUCCAAUGUUUUAUAGUAAUUAGGUCCAUGCUUAAUAUUCAAUGCAAAGGCCUUUCCAUACCCAUUUACACAUGUGAACUCUGGCCAAGGCAUAAAGCGUAUUUGAGGCUUUCAUACAGCUUUUCUUAUGCGAUACUUUAAAAUGCGCAUUAAAGUUGUGAAUGGAAACAA